CCAAAAUUUUUUGUUUUAUAUAUGCAUGCAAUCUCUACAAAUUUCUUCAACAUAUAGGUAAUUUCGAUCAUGGGAAGAGCUCCAUGUUGCGCGAAAGUCGGGUUGCGAAGAGGCCGCUGGACCGCCGAAGAAGACCAGAUACUGUCUAAUUACAUUCAUCUUCAUGGUGAAGGUUCUUGGAGAUCAUUGCCAAAAAAUGCUGGAUUGCUGAGGUGUGGGAAAAGUUGUAGGUUGAGAUGGAUAAACUACUUAAGAGCUGAUUUAAAGAGAGGAAAUAUAUCUGCUGAAGAAGAAGAGCUCAUACUUAAGCUGCAUGCCUCGCUCGGUAACAGGUGGUCGUUGAUAGCGGGCCACUUGGCCGGGAGAACAGACAACGAAAUAAAAAACUACUGGAACUCGCAUUUGAGUCGCAAAUUCACCCCCUCCUCCUCUCCAAUUCCCACCAAGCGACGGAGCGCUGCCACGAAGAUCAAGAAACCACGUAAAAAGACCUCCAAACCAUCGUCCGAGCCACAAACUAACAUGGUUAAUCCAUCCGUAGGCGGUGGUGGUGAAGUAAUGCAUGAUUCGUCUACUUCCGGUGUGGAGAGGGAGAAAGAGAACGAGAACGGAUUCGAUGAAUGCUUUUACGACGAAAGUCUGUUAAUGGAUCCAACUGUGGUAUUGCCUUUAACUGAUCAAGAUGAUAUGAUUAAUCAUAUAAAUUCUUCAAGCCCAUCAACCAAUGAUAGUAGCCAAGUAAACCAGGUUGAUUGGGGGUGGGAAUGGAAUUUUGAAGAUGGUGACAGCAUGUUAGGGUUAGGGUUGGGGGUUGAGGAAGAUGAUGAUAUAAUUAUGUCAUGGCCAUGGGAGAGUCCAGAAGAAGAACAACAAGUAGGGGUGGAUGUACAAAAGCAAGAUGCAAUGAUUGCAUGGCUUCUCUCUUAGUUUUAUUUUUUAUUCAGUUUUGUAAGAUUGAUUUGGUCAUCAUACAUUCAUGUCCCAAUAGUAAUAAAUGAUGUAUUAUCAUGUUGUUUUAUAAUGAAUCAUGUUAUAUUAUGUUUGAUAUUUUUAA